UUCAACUAGAUUAAUCCCGCAUGUUUACAUUAAGCGUUCCUUAAACUGUAAAGAACGAGUGUUAUGCUUGUCAACUUAAAACCUUUUAUAAAGUUCAGUUCCUAACGAAUAUGAAUAAGAGACACCAAACUGGAAAAUAUGGCUAUAUAAACCUUUUAAACAGAAGUAUGCAUUGAAUCUAAUCAGCACAGCAAUGGCUACCGGAAUGAACGGACAGAGAUUAACUGACGACAUAUGCCGUAGUGUCCUGAGCAGGGCUCACAAGAAAAUUAUUGACGUGAUGAACGCAGACACAGUGCUGGAUAAACUACGAGACAUAAAAUUUCUGUCGCACGAGGAUUACAAUGCCAUUAGGAAAGUAGUCGACAAGUCUACAAAGAAUCGCAGCCUCGUCUGUAAAAUAAGCCAAAGCGGCAAAAGGGCGUAUUGCGAUUUCAAGAAAAUUCUUAAAGAAACCGGUCAGAACGUAAUAAUUCAAGAGCUCGAGUCAAAAGAAAAAGAGUUAGGAAUUGAGACUGCAGAAAAUUCUGCACAAUCCGUUCAAAGGAUAAUUAGUAUAGUCCGGGAUUCAGCUCCCGAAAGAAUGGAAACGGACCAACGAGUAGAACCGCCGUCGAGAACAUUGCAACCUACAGUACAAAAUUCACUGGAUGAUUUAAAUCGUAGUCGUACAGUGACUGUUGUCAAAACCAUAAAAAAGGACCUGCAGGACGGUAGACUCAUUGAGCUGGACAAUAAGACGAUCCAAUAUUUGAAGGAAGUCAGUAGUACCGAUGAUACACUAGUGGGCGGAUUUGGGAGAGUGUACAAAUCUAAAGAGCCAGUCAAAGGAUUCGGCAUUAGAGUUGUUCUUAAAGAAAUCGAUAUGGAACGUCGUACAGGAAAUCAAUCUGCUACUCAAAUAAUAGGAUCAGUAACUAAUGAAAAGAUUGCGUCUCGCUUAAUGCAUUUCGGAAUCGUCCCCGUACUGGCUUACCAUGAUGACUUAACUCAUGGGAAGUAUUACUUGUUAUCGCCAUAUCUUGUGAACGGGGAUCUGUUUCAAGCCAUUGCAUCUGACAGAAGAAGUUGUUUGGAAAAUAAAAAAAAUGACAUUCGCCUCAAGUGGAAUAUAAGAAUUAAAAUCAUGUACCAUAUUGCAUGUGCCAUAGAUUUUAUGCACUCAGGAAAUGAAUUCAGAGGACCAGUGCUACAUAUGGAUAUUAAGUCAAAAAACAUUGUUUUGGAUAGCCAGUUUAAUGCAAGAUUGAUUGAUUUUGGUAUUGCCCGAGAGUUAAAAGAAGACGCUGAAACAUUGCUUGUGACCUCCACAAACUAUGGAACGCCGGGAUACUAUUCAACAGUCCCACAAAUUGUGGUAAAAAAACAAAACGACUAUCACAACUUCGGAGUCGUUCUGCUUGAGUUGAUAACUGGUCUUGAGAGAUCUGCGAAAGUGGAGGGGAUUGAACUUCGAAAGUGGCACGUUAACCUCAUAUAUGAAAAACGACAGGUCUUGGUGUGGCAUGUCGAUAAAGUUGUCAAGAAUGUCGCUGAAAUAGCUGUCAAGUGUAUUGAAAGUGUAACAGCAAACUCUUCGAUCACAUCCGAAGAGAUCAAGAAAACAUUUAAGAACAUGUGCAGAAAACACGAAGCUGUUUGGGAUGCCAUACAGGCCGAUCAGUGUGAAAUAUGCUUGGUAAAUGAAGAAAUGAAAGUUGGAUUUGACGGACAUGACACUGGCUCUGAAGAACAAGUGUUAUGUUCAAAAAGGAUCCGCAUUUGCUGCUCAUGCAUGAGGAAUUCAUACAUCAAUCCAGUCCAGUGCCACACAUGUGGGGAGACAAUUAAGCCAUUCAUAAACGCCAAUUGGGGUGCCAUACUGGCAGCUGGGUAUGAUGAAGUAGCCGGAAAUAUUUUACGAAAGGACAUUGAGCGGUUCAAGGACAUGAUAACGUCGAAAGUGUUGCCUGCAAUGUGUUUGAAUCCAAAAAACGUGAUUACUUCUACAAAAGACAUGAAAGACAAAAACGCUUAUCUACCAAUAGAACAGGCAUUUGAUGAGCUGUCCAAACGGGAUAUCGAAACAUUGUUAUUUGUAUACUCUGGCCACCAUGGUGAAAGUGGUCUUCAAGUGGGCGCAGAUGUGUUUUAUCCGUUGGAUAAAAUUAGCGAAAAACUAAACAAGUGGCAUGAAGAAAACCCAAAGCUACGAAAAGUGAUUGUGUUACUGGACUGCUGUUGUCCUAAAAAAUUAAAUUUGAAUACAUCUCUCACACUUAUUCAGUUCAAUGCAACAUCUCCAACGACGACCGCAAAUUUGAACAAAACAGAUGGCAGUCCAUUUUUGAUGGACGUCAUUCAGGCUUUGACAGGCCGUGCCAAUGGUAAAGGCUGCAAGCAUGAGGAAUGUAAAUGUAGCGAUCAUCUACAUGACAAAUUUAUAACUUUAAAUGAUUUGUGGAUGUAUCUAAAUGAACACAUAAAGCAAGGUCAUUUGAGUGGAGAAAAUCCGUAUAUGAAGGCAGACAAGCCAAAUAUGAAUGCAGUAAACGUCGAAUUGAAAGACACGAUCUUAGCCUAUAAUUAUGACUUUGAAGUGAAGUUCAAAUUCACAAUUGAGUGGCUUGAGACAGAAGUAAAUGUCCAUGUACUUCCAGGAGAAUUCAACGACUUAAAACCACUUAAAUUGAUACUUGCUGACAAAAUAUUGAAACACAUUUAUGAUAUUGGUCCAGUCUGCAGUGAUGUCUUGACAAAAUUUUCCGAGAUCAUAAGUGUUGAAAUAAAUACUGGGCCUAGAACCAAGCAUGUUCAAGAGAUUGAUACCAUCGAAUUGUUGCUGUUAUCAUGGAACUCUAAACGUCUUCUGCGAUGCUUGGCCCGUCUGUUACCCAACGUAAACGUUGAUAAACCAGUUGGGCGGUGUUUAAAAGAUGUUCCAGACAUACGAAAUAUACAUUUGGAUGUUCUUCAGAAAUGCAAUAUGACGGGGCAUCAAUUGACAAGAUCUAACCUUACAAAAUAUAAGACAACGCUACAAAAGAAAACUAAAAACACAGAAAAAUACAACGAAUUCAUAUUUGCUGUAGACAUGAUAAUAAAUCAUGCAGCAACACAGUUACAAGACACACGUUUGGACAUUUCCUUCUUCGACUUGCCAAAAGGCUACACGUUGGUCCACAUGAAUCUUAUAGAGACCACUGGCAAUCAGGAAGGGGCGAUGCAGUAGAUAAUGCUCUUUUAAUUUGUCCGGUUAUUUACUCGCCGUAUAACCGGGAAAGACGUGAUGUGUUAUUGUAAUUAUUUUUCAACAAACAUUCUUCAAACUAUUGAGUUAACAGACAAAGUUCACAUUUAACUGAUUCAAUGUACUCUAAGGGUUCGUACCUACCAUGAAAUAUCUUUUGUAAAGUAGCUGAUCGCGAUAUAUGGCAUUUGUUCGUUUGGGGAAUACUUAUUAAUAGUAAAGCCAAUAUGAGAUUACUGCAAACAAUAUUUGUGAUUUUAUGAGAUUCCAUUGGUCCGCGUGAACAGAAAAAAAAUGUGUAGGAAGAUUAUUAUCAGGAAACAUUAUUUAACCAUUUUGUAAGUGUUCAUUAUAAGUUUGAGCGAUUUGCUUUAAAUUGCUAGCCCCACGUUCACGUAACUUUGUAGGUUAAACUUCGUUAUCAUGCAAAACAUGAAUAUGAUACAAAUGCUAAACGCGAAGUAUAAUUCGAAAGUUCUGUUGUUUUAUUGAGUUCAUGUAUGCUGUUGUUCGUGUGUUUUAUUUAUUUUUGUCGUUUAAUUUCAUAACCAGAUAAGGAAAUGACCAAUAUCACCAUUGCUCUUGGUCCAGUGUUUGGUUAUUAAAGUUAUAUUUGACUCUGA